AACAUUAAAUAGUAAUGCAUUUUUUCAAAUCGCUUUGUUCACAAGUCAUUUAGGUGACCCAAGCAAAUGCGUGUAUGCAUAAUAUGUGACUUUUGCGACGAGAUUGCGUCCGCUGUGGCCGGUUUUACCGGGACCGGCUAGCCGGUGUCUUGAAGUAUUUCCGAGGUCUCACUCUCAUUCUCAUAUGAAGCAUAGUUUGGUAUGGUAUAGAUCAGCAAUUUCCAAACUCACCCUGCACUGCGGCAACAAAGCAAAACUUCUUAGUCCAAUGUGUGUGUGUGUGUGUGGUUGUGUUGUUGUUGCACACUGGUGCUUUAUGGGGGAGUUUGAGAACCACUGAUGUAGAAGAUACUGAUAUAUGUCACUGCAUUGUCAAAUAUAACCGAAUGCCAUUUAGUAUAGUUUAAUAGAGCCACAAUUUUAAUGACAUUCUUUUAUUUAGUAACCAUAAUUUAGUAUCAAUAAGGAAAUAAAUUUCCAGACAGUGAUUUGCUAGCAUUUCUCUAAAAAUGAUAAGAACCGCCCAAUAUUGUGGAUAACAUCAUAUUUGAAACGUCAUUGCAGGUAUUUUGAAAUUGUUUCGUUUCGAAACAUUUAGCUUCUGGAUUGAUUUAUCGGAUUGAUGAUUCUGAGCAUCGAUUCGUUUUGUACAAUACUAGUCAGUCAGUCACUUUGAUUUGGGAUACGUUAAACAUCUACACAAACAACUUUAAAUAUAUCUGUUUUGGUUAAAGUUCAACAACCGUCAGUGCAAAGAAGCAUAAAUAUGCAGCAGGAAGAGGAGAUUUAUGAAGUGCAACUUGAUGAGACACCAAUGCAGGGCACGGUGGCAGAAUUUCUGAAGCUAUACAACUUGACAUUUUUGUUUGAUGCUAUUGUUGAGAAUGAUUUAAACGAUAUCGGGACGUUUGCGUUCUUGUUGGAGGAAGACAUAAAAGAACUUACAAAAGAAUGCACGUUGGGUGCACGAAUACGACUGAGGAAGUGCGUACAAAAGGUCAAUGCUAAUUUAACUGAACCUUCUGCUGCACACAAAGAACACUAUAAAACUUCGAAAGUAUGUUUCGAAAAUGUUUUGAUACCUAAUCCUAGCAUACUGGAAUUGGAUCGUUUACUAGAAACUGUUCACGGGAAGAUGAUCCUUCAGUUCUACCAUGCACAUCAAAGCUUAAACAAACUUCACAGGAUGAAGCUCAUCAAGAUGAUAGUGGAGCAUCUAGCUGCGCGUAUGGAAUUAAAAGCCCUGAAAUCUCAAUGGAGUAGAGUCAUCCACGAGGAGGUUGUCAACAAAUUUCCUUCAGAAUUGAAGUACCUGGAGUACUACAUGGCAAAAAUUCCAUCGGUUAAAUAUAAUUUACAGAAAAGGAUCAAAACUGGAGAACAUGUGAUUUUAGCUAUUCAACCGUCAUCAGAAGAUGCACAUUGUCUUGAGCAUACUGAAAUAGAGAUGGAAGAAGCAAAGGAGUGGCUGAAAUAUGGUCGUUUUCCAACGGAAGAAGUUGUUUCACGUUGGAAGUUAUGUCAUUCAUUGCGUCGUAAAGAGUUCACAACCAUUAGCGGUAAAGAAAUUUCUCAACUUUGGACUGAACAUAUGUGGCCUAUUCUCGUACAACCAAUUGCAUUGGAACUUAUUUCUUAUGAUUUUGGUGUUGGGUACCAAACUAACACCGAUAUUUUUAAAAAGUGGCCCACUUUAAUAAAUAAAGUCUGCGAAUAUGCUGGAAAAGCCUUGAGAAAUAUCCGUCAUCGGAAUAUGCUACGAGAAUUUGAAGUCCAAGGAAAAGAAAAUAUGAUAUUGUUUUCACAUAUCCUAUGUGGACUGCUGCAUCCAGGGCUGGUAAAAGCGAACUACAAACCAAGCUUUCGAGAUGUAGAGAGAGGAUUUGUACAUGUGGUUUUGACGCAUAACGAUAUUGAAACUUCUGUUCAGAAGUACAGAAGUGAAAUGGGACAGCAUGGACUACGUGUCCAGCCACACGUGAUUGUGGUUGCAAAUGAAGUAAAAAAGCAUUAUUUUGCUUACUUCGAAACAAAUAAUUUGCAAACAACAAACUGUCUAUUAAGCGCAAUAGACGCUGUACUUAAAGGUUGCAUGAUUUUUAAUGCGGCAUAUCCAGCGGAGUCAAGAUCAGUUUGGACUUUCAUUCAGCAAUAUUGUUAUGGGAUUAAAAUCGCUAACUGCGAUCGAAAUUACCAAUGUGUGAAAACAUUGCUAUCAGAACUUUAAAUGUUACCGACGUAAAACUACGUAUAUUAUUUUUACUAAACUGAUGAGUGUUAUUUCAAAAAUUUCUCAUCGUAAGCAUUAUGAAAAUAAUACUUACAUUCGAUAAAUUCAAACUUUAUUUAAAAAAUGAAAUGUAUUAAAAUUUUAUCAUGUUGUUAGAUUUCCUACAAUGUAUGGCACUGUAACAGUGCGUUCGUAUAUAGUGAUCAAACGUUUACGAUAACUAUUUUUUUAUGUUUACCACGUAAAGUGCUUGUAUAC